AUGAUGAUGAUGUCCCUCAACAGCAAGCAGCCCUUCGCCCUGGCCCACGCCGGCGGCGGCGGCGGCGGCCUGCACGAGCCCAAGUACUCGGCGCUGCACUCCGCCUCGCCCUGCACCUCCGCGCCCGACGCGCCCUCGGCCAGCACGCCCAGCAGCACCAGCGCCGGCAGCGGACGCGGCGGCGCCCCCAGCAGCGGCGGCAGCGGCGGCGGCGCCAGCACCUCCGAGGCCCUGCGCCGCGCCUGCCUGCCCACCCCGCCGAGCAACAUCUUCGGCGGUCUGGACGAGAGCCUGCUGGCCCGCGCGGAAGCCCUGGCGGCGGUGGACAUCGUCUCCCCGGGCAAGAGCCACCACCACCACCCGCCCCACCACAGCCCCUUCAAGCCCGACGCCACCUACCACACCAUGAACACCAUCCCCUGCACCUCGGCCGCCUCCUCGUCCUCCGUGCCCAUCUCGCACCCCUCCGCCCUCUCCGGCACCCACCACCACCACCACCAUCACCACCACCACCACCAGCCGCACCAGGCGCUGGAGGGGGAGCUCUUGGAACACAUCACCCCGGGGCUGGCGCUGGGGGCCAUGACGGGCCCCGACGGCUCGGUGGUCUCCACGCCCGGCCACGCUCCCCACAUGGCCAGCAUGAACCCCAUGCACCAGGCGGCUCUCAGCAUGGCGCACGCCCACGGGCUGCCUUCGCACAUGGGCUGCAUGAGCGACGUCGACGCCGACCCGCGCGACCUGGAAGCCUUCGCCGAGCGCUUCAAGCAGAGGAGGAUCAAGCUGGGGGUGACCCAAGCGGACGUGGGGUCUGCCCUGGCCAACCUCAAGAUCCCCGGGGUGGGAUCCCUCAGCCAGAGCACCAUCUGCAGGUUCGAGUCGCUCACUCUGUCCCACAACAACAUGAUCGCCCUCAAGCCCAUCUUGCAAGCGUGGCUGGAAGAGGCGGAGAAGUCGCACCGGGAGAAGCUCACCAAGCCGGAGCUCUUCAACGGGGUGGAGAAGAAAAGGAAACGCACCUCCAUCGCGGCUCCCGAGAAGAGGUCUCUGGAAGCCUAUUUCGCCAUCCAGCCGCGACCUUCCUCGGAAAAAAUUGCCGCCAUCGCGGAGAAACUGGACCUCAAGAAGAACGUGGUCCGGGUCUGGUUCUGCAACCAGAGACAGAAACAGAAACGGAUGAAAUAUUCCGCUGGGAUUUAAAGCCUUGGGGGGAUCCUGUCUGCUUUAAAG